AUGUGUGAUCAGUUCUUAGGAACCUGGAAACUUGUCUCCAGUGAAAAAUUUGAAGAUUAUAUGAAAGAAUUAGGAGUGGGCUUUGCCAUGAGGAAACUAGACAGCCUGGCAAAGCCUACUGUGAUCAUCAGUGCUGAUGAGGAUAAGCUAACAAUCAAAACAGAGAGCCCUGUUAAAAAUACAGCGAUCUCCUUCAAGCUGGGCCAAGAAUUUGAGGAAACCACAACAGAUAACAGGAAAACUAAAAGUGUUGUUACCUUGGACAAUGGCUCAAUGAUUCAUGUGCAGAAAUGGGAUGACAAAGAGACCACAAUAAAGAGAGAGGUGGUGGAUGGGAAGAUGGUUGUGGAAUGUACCAUGAAGUAUGCCAUCUGCACUAGAGUCUAUGAGAGAGCAUGA